AUGGCCGGCAUUCCCACUAUAACUGGCCGUACAUUACCAUCGAUUACCGAAAAACACGUACAAAAUUGCGAUAGAGUUGAAGAGUUGUCAGCCAUUCGCGGAUCCAUUCAAAGUCCCAAUUAUCCCAACCCUUUUCACAAUCGGACCUCUUGUCAGUGGGAUAUCAAAGCCUCUCAUCCCAACCAUAUCAUCACAAUUAGUUUCGAUGAUUUAGAUCUUGAAAUUCCCAGCGAUUCAGACAAAUAUUGUUCACAAAACUUAAGCCCGAAAUCAUUGACAAAUAGCGAUGAGAUCUGUUGUUAUUAUUCAUGGAUUAAGAUCUUCUCCGAAUUGGACGCCGAACGCAAGUAUUGCGGGCGAAGCGAAGACAAUGGCCUUAUUUUCAAGCCAUUCAUCUCGACGUCGAGCCGUCUAUCCAUUAAGUUUCAUAUGACUCAGAGAGUGGGCGGCGGCCGAGGCUUCCACUUGUCGUACAUAACGGGUGCCCAGAAGUCAGCCAAAUGUAAAUCCGAUGAAUUUCACUGUCGGAACCAAAAGUGUAUUCCAAACAAAUGGAAAUGCAAUCGAAGAGAUGAGUGCGGAGACGGUUCCGACGAACUCAACUGCGAGGACAUCUGUUUGACCGCCAAUCAGAUGCGAUGCGAGACAAGCAGUGGUCACCGUCGAGGCUCUGUCGGGUGCUAUACGUUUCCGACACAGCGAUGCAACUCUGUCUGGGAGUGCGAGAACGGCGCCGACGAGAAGGGAUGCGGCGGUUGUCCGCCCGAUAUGUUUGUUUGCCGAACCAUUCAGUCGUGUUAUAGUGAAAGCAAACGAUGCGAUGGAAUCAUCGAUUGUCCCGACUUUACCGAUGAGUUGAACUGCGGUUUCUGUACUCAUAACAGGUCUCUGUGCGGACCAAACAAUUUGUCUCAAUGUUACGACCCAUUCAACCAACGCUGCAAUCGUGUGCUCGACUGUCCCAACGGUGAGGACGAAAUCGGUUGCUUCAAAGUCUGUCAGAAUAAGAUCCUCUGCUCUUCGGGUUCGGGCUGUUAUUCGAGUGAAGAGCGAUGUAAUGGAGUUCCCGAGUGUAGCGACUAUUCCGAUGAGAAGAACUGUUCCCUCGAUUUGUGUCGCGCCGAUAGAGGAAGCUUUCUAUGCGGUAACGGACGUUGUAUUCGCGCCAUUUGGACAUGCGACAGAUCUAAUGACUGUUCUGAUGGAACCGAUGAAAUCAAUUGCCUGAAGAACAGUGUAAUAACGGCUGCAAUCAUGGGUUCGCUAAUCUGUGGCCUAUUGUUGGUGAUCGCCAUCUCCUGCACGUGUAAACUCAUAGCUCUGAGACAAGUGGAGAGACACCACUCAAGUACUCAUACCUCUCCAUCACAUAUAUCUCAUAAUUACGACCGAAGUUAUAGUAUCAAUGGUUUUACGGGUGAUUCGGAUACCCCUCUGUUCCGUCUCGAACACGGAUUCUUCUUCCGGGAACCGCCGCCGAGUUAUGCGACGGCAGUCGGAGGCUAUCCGACCGACAGAAAUAAUUCAUAUAUCGAACAAAUCAGACAAAUCCGGCGCCAAAGACGCCUUCGACGGAACCGACGCCGACCUCCGACUCCACCGCCGCUUGAGUUUGUCGACAGAGACAACGACCCGAAUUCGAGCAGUAAUUCGAGUACAACGGCUGUGAUUAUACCCCUUUCGGGUGACUCCACGCCGGCAUCCAGUCCUACAAAUAUUAACGAAACUCAAAAUCAAAACAAUAAUAACAUUAAAAGUGAUGAACAGAAGGAAGAGACGGAAGUAGGGGUAGGGGUCGGCCAAAGCCAGACCACAUCAUCCAACAACUCAUCCAAUUGUUCGCCUUUGAACGGAAUGUUGUCUUCAAAUUCAGUGAACAUAGAGUUGGAAAGCAUUCCUUCAUUAUCUCAGAGCGACUGUGAUUCUCAACCGCUUAUUAGAUAAUUACAUAACAUUUCUAUUAAAUUCAGACUUCGAUUACUAUAUUUUGAUUGUUUUUUAUUUGUUUUCUUGUGUUUCGUAUAAUUUUUUCUUUUAAAAACAU